AUGUCGCCCGAAGAACACCGAACACCGCAGCCGCGGUUCCGCAAGGUCCAGAGCUUCAAGACGGACUACGCCCCGUGUCAAAUCAGCCAGUAUGUCUCCGAAAGGAGCGGCAUGCAGGUGAUCGUAGCCGAUCGCAAGGGCCCCAAGACCAACGGCUACUUCACCCUCGCAACCGAGAUCUUUGAUGAUUCUGGCGCCCCUCACACCCUCGAGCAUCUUGUCUUCAUGGGCUCCAAGAACUACCGAUACAAAGGACUCCUCGACAAGCUGGCCUCCCGAGCCUAUUCUGGCACAAACGCCUGGACAGCGGUGGACCACACUGCCUACACCCUGGAAAGCGCCGGAUGGGAGGGUUUCUCUCAGAUUCUGCCCGUGUAUCUGGAGCAUGUCAUCUUGCCUGUUCUUACCGACGAAGCAUGCGUGACUGAGGUGCACCACAUUGACGGCGAGGGCAACGAUGCCGGUGUGGUGUAUUCAGAGAUGCAGGCCGUUCAAUUCAAGAGCGCCGAGAUCAUGGACCUUCGGGCUCGUCGCCUGCUGUACCCCGAGAAUGUGGGCUUUCGCUACGAGACCGGUGGCAUGACCGAGGCGUUGCGUGUCCUGACACCCGACCGCAUUCGACAGUUCCACCGGGACAUGUACCAGCCCCGCAACCUUGCCGUGGUCAUCAUCGGUGAGGCGGACCACAACAACUUGCUGCAGAUCCUCGAUGAGUUUGAGGAGAGCAUCAAGGACGACCUGCCCCCCUUAGACUCCCCUUUCAAAAGACCCUGGAUCGACUCAGCACAGCCUCCUGCGCUCAAGGAGACCAUCAUCACGACAGCCGACUUCCCUGAGGAGGAUGAGUCCGUCGGCGAGAUCACCGUGGCAUUCUUCGGGCCUAGCUGCACCGAUAUCAUCGAGACAUCUGCUCUCAACGUGCUACUGACAUAUCUCUGCGGGUCGUCUGUCUCAAUCCUCGAGAACGUCAUCGUUGAGAAGGAGGAGCUUGCCAGCUCGGUCUCCUACUGGUGGGACGCAAGGCCUAACUCCGUCAUCUGGUUCCAGCCAACUGGUGUCGAAACGGAGAAGCUAGAGUUUGUCGAGAAGAGACUGAUCGACCUACUGAAGGAGGUUGCCUCGAAGCCGCUGGACAUGGAGUACCUGACCUCCUGUAUACACCGUGAACGUCUGCAAGUCAAGUUCCAGGCCGAGGAGUCAGAGGGCUUCUACUCCAAUAAUAUAAUCACGGACUAUCUUUUCGGCAAGCGUGAUGGCUCCACUCUUAGGGACUUGGAGUCCUUGUCAGAGUACGAGACGCUUGAGAAGUGGACGGAUGCACAGUGGAGAGACUUCCUUCGCAAGUGGCUCUCUGAUGCUCCCCACGUUUCUAUCCUCGGCAAGCCGUCCCAGAAACUUGCUAAGAAGCAGAAGGAAGACGAGGAGGCGAGGCUAGCAAAGAGAAAGGAGGAGCUCGGCUCUGAAGGUUUGAAUGAUCUCAAGAAGCGCCUCGAUGCCGCCAAGGCCAAGAACGACGAGCCCAUUCCCGCGUCAGUGAUCGAUCAGUGGCCCGUCCCGGGCACCGAAUCGAUUCACUUUAUCGAGUCGGACACGGCGCGAUCUGGAAAAGCCAAGACUCUUGGUCUCUGUGAUAACGCAGCGCAGAAGGUUAUCGAUGACGCCAAGCAGGGACAAGACCCCCUUUUCAUCCAGUUCGAAAGUGUGCCAACCAACUUCGUGCAUCUGACUGUCUACCUAGGCACGUCGCAGGUGCCGAUCGAACUAAAGCCUCUGUUGCCAAUCUUCAAUGACAACUUCUUCAACACCCCGAUCAUGCGCGAUGGACAGAAGGUCGGUUUUGAACAGGUCGUCAUGGAGCUGGAGCAAGACACCAUCAGCUAUGGCCUGCGCUCUACGAGGGACUACGGUGAUCCUGAUGGCGUCAUGAUUCAGUUCCAGAUCGAACCUUCGAAGUACUCCACUGCCAUUAACUGGAUUCGAACAAUGAUGUUUGACAGUGUCUUCGAUAUCCAGCGCCUUAAGGCAGGCGUUCAGAAGCACCUAGCCGACAUUCCCGAGCUGAAGCGCGACGGCAGGUCCAUGGCAGCGGAGGUCGACAUGUCCAUCCACAUGAAGAAGGAAUCAUACUCUGUCGCAAAGCGAGCACUAGUCAGGGCCAUCUACCUGCGUCGCCUCAAGAAGCUCAUCGCCUCCGAUCCCGAGAAGGUGUUGUCGUGGUUUGAGCAGUUGCGGAAGUCGCUCUUCACCUCAAACAACGUGCGUGUUCUAGUUACGGCUGAUGUUGCGCGCCUGCCUGAGCCUGUCGCUGCUUGGGACCUCCUCAGCAACAACCUCAAGGGAUCUGACGAGCUGAUCCCCAUCAUCAAGCCGCAUACCCUCCUCACGGAGGAGGGACAGAAGCCCGGUGCUGUCGGUGCCGUCAUUGUUCCCAUGACAACAGCCGACAGCUCCUACGGCAUCAGCACAGCCAAAGGCAUCACGUCCUUUGACGACCCACGCCUACCAGCUAUCAUGGUUGCUAUUGGCUACCUUGAGACGACCGAGGGGCCCCUCUGGAACUCCGUCCGCGGUCAGGGUCUGGCCUACGGCUCAUACUUUGGCCGUGAGCUCGACACUGGCACGAUCCAAUACAAGGUCUACCGCUCGCCAGACGUCAGCAAGGCGUUUACAGCGUCGCGGGAGACGAUUCGUAAGAUUGCUGAGGGCGAGGUCGAGAUCGACCGCCACCUAAAGGAAGGCGCUAUCAGCCAGGUUGUUGUCCAGUUCGCCGAUGAGCAGUCAACGAUGGCGUCGGCAGCGGCGCAGAAUUUUAUGCUCGGUGUUGUACGCAGUCUGCCGCUUGAUUGGCAUAAGAAGAUCAUGCGAGAUGUUCGAGAUGUGACCAACGAGCAGAUCAAGACGGUUCUGAAGGAGCUGAUUAUGCCGCUGUUUGAGCCGGGCAAGAACAACAUUGUCGUUACGUGUGCACCGAUUUUGCAAGAGGUAAGCUCGCGUGGACCUCUCACAGAAUGA